ACAGUACAACAGCACCGCGUCUCCCAUGCGGCCACUGAUACACAUGCACACGCCCUGUGUUUAUGGAUUCAUAAAACUGUUUGCAAGUCAUUACAUAUUCAAUACAGUAGGUACAAGCUGUUAAAUAGCAUAUUCGUUCACUCUCUCCCAGAGGUUCUGCAGUGUUGGCUGUGGCAGUGGGAUCGAGGCCUACCCGGAUCUCUUAUAUCAGAUACGGAUUUCAUAUGCAUACUAUAUGUGGGUCUGUUUGCUUAAGGCACGAGUUUUGUCGAAGAAUUUUUGUGUGAAUACAUCCUUGAAAUUGUGUGACGCAUGAGAAAUUUAUCGAUUACUUUCGUCUAGCAUUACUGGACGAUCAACAUCUGUUGUGUUGGAAGUGGAGGGAUCGAGGAUUACUCUAGCGUACGGUUCGUUUUUUUUGGUUGCGAGUGAUAUAUCAACUGGUGAAUUCAACUGAUGGAAAUACCAGAUCCAUCACGACAUAUUGAGCGGUCGUCAUAAGCGAUUCCCCACGAGCCUUGGCAUAUAUGAUUGCAAACGGUGACUUCCGGGAAACUGAGAAGCGAUUAAUAGCAGUAUUAGAAAACGUAUAAAUGAUUGCGGGAGAAGAGUAAACCGGAAUUAAUUGCGACAAUAGUUAACAAGGUAAACAUGAUAUUCUAUUGAAAUCAAACUCAGUAUUUGGUUCGUGUACGACCAGUGUAGGAUAUCUGUUGAUUUUGCUUAUUAGUCCAGGACACAUAAACUGAACGGUAUAUUUGACUGAUUUCGAUCCAUAUAGUGACCCAGAUCGCUCACAGUUACGCGAAUAUAAAUGUGGAAGUGACUUGGGUCUUAUAGACCAAGCGCCUACAUGACCAAUAGAUUUGGUGAGAUACGUGUAUGUGACAAACAUCUAUAGGACCAAUCUUCUUAGUGAAAUACGUGUAUGUAACAAACGUCUACGGGACCAAUAACAUUGGUGGAAUAUACGUCUGUGUGACAAACGUCUAUAUGACCAAUACUCUUUGUUGGAAUACGUGUAUGUGACAAACGUCUACAGGACCAAUAAUCUUAUGUGUAUUUGUGCAACACUCUUGAUCGAAUACGUGCUUAUGACAAACAUUCAUAGGACUAGUAGUCUUGGUGAAAUGCAUGCCCGUGACAAACAUCCACAGGACCGACACACGUGGAAGUAACAAAGCGAUUACGUUAUCAUACAUGUACACUCGUGCUAGAGAAGUUGUGUCCAUUGGACCGUACUCGUGGAGGUGACAAGCGUCUGGUAGAUCAAGCUCUUUAAUGAAAUAUUUGCAGUGGAGGGCGUAAUUAUUAAUCCUUGUAUAACACACAAGUCGAACACUUACAUUUUUCUUUUACCUGUUUCAAUAUCUGGAUUGGAAUACUUGCAUCCCGAGUAGCUUAAUAGCUACUUUCAAUGUUUUCUAUAAGGUAAUUUGAUUAUGCUAUGCGUGUUCGAUACAUAAGUGCACGGUGUCUUGUUUGAUACAAGAAAUCAUUGAAGUGAGUUGUUGUGAAAUAUAAUACAAGUGUGUGACAAAUAAUUCUACAAAAUGAACACUUUGAACGUAGGUAAAGUUGAUCAAAGUAAGAUGUUCAUCGAGCUUUUGAACGACGAUGAAGAUGAAAACGCCAUCCAUGACAUUCGGAGGAGAGGAUCGAAUGUGUCGCUAUCAAGGUACCGGUCUUGCCCACAACUUCUCGACGAACUGAACUUAAACAAGGGUCAAAUGCAAUCAUUUGAGUCGACAGCAGAUGACUCCGCACGACUUGUAAACAAACUUAGCCCUCAAAGUCCCGUGCCGCUGAUGCGUAGACAUUUUCAAUUUGACCAAAAUGGCAUGCCCGGCUCCGCAACACCAACGCCACCCUCGACGCCCCAAAGUCGCCGGAGUGUGCAUUCACAAAGAGAUUCGCCUUCGACUCCUGUUCAGGGAUCUUCGCCCGUGUCAACGCCUCGGCUGUUACAUAGACCGCAUCUCUCUCGCCCUUCCCUCAGUCGUGACUCAUCUGCCGAUAGCCAGAAUGACAGUCGAAACGGUGUUCACAGUGAAUCCAGAAAUAACUUAACGCACGUGCCUUUCACAGAAGACAUGGCAAAGAGGCAUGAACACGCGUCGUCAACGACGGUCACUGCUAGUCCACUAAAACCGGGCGUGGCCCGGGGGGACGGGACUGAGGUUACGAGUUUUGGAGGGCAUAGAAAAUUAUCUGCACAGCUCAACUACCUUGGUCCAAGCAUCAUCACCGGAGAUCCUUCGACAGAGUGCAGCCAAGACAAAUGUGAAAAAUGGUUACAAUCCCUUCACCUGUCUAAACCGGACAAGAUUAAGUCAAGAAGUCAUAUACAACUACCGCCUAUAUGAUAGUGUGAAAAGCACCAACUACCGCCUGUAUACCUGUGUAUUACGUACACACACAACUACUGCCUGUAUAUCUGUGUAUUACGUCACACACAGCUACUGCCUGUAUACCUGUGUUUUACGUCACACACAGCUACUGCCUGUAUAUCUGUGUAUUACGUCACACACAACUACUGCCUGUAUACCUGUGUAAAACGUCCCACACGACUACCACCUGCAUACCUGUGUAUUACGUCAUACACAACUCCAGUCUGUAUACCGGUGCAUGACGUCACACACAACUACCGCUUGUAUACUUGUGUAUUACGUCACAAAUAACUACCGCAUGUAUACCUGUGUAUAAGGGCUCACAAAUCAAUCGCUUAUAUACUUGUAUAUUACGUCACAAACACCUUCCGCCUGUAUACUUAUACAUUACGUCACGAACAACGUCCGCCUGUAUACCUGUGGACAAUGUUAUACGUUACACAAAACUACAACUUGUUUAUUAGGUCACACACAACUACUGCCUGUAUACCUGUGUAUAAGGUCACACAAAACAACCGAAUGUAAACCUGAGUAUUAUGUCACGUCACACACAACUACUGCCUGUAUACCUGUGUAUUAUGUCACACACAACUACAAACUGCGUAUUAGGUCACACACAACUACCGCCUGUAUACGGUGCAAAAGGUCACGCAAAGAUACUACCUGUAAACCUGUAUAUUACUUAUUACGUCACACACAACUACUGCCUGUUUACCUGUGUAUUACGUCACACACAACUACAAACUGCGUAUUAGGUCACAAACAACUACCGCCUGUAUACGGUGCAAUAGGUCACACAAAGAUACUACCUGUAAACCUGUAUAUUACGUAUUACGUUACAGCACAUCUGCGCUUGAACUUAUUUAUUUGUAGAAUUAUUCGAGAUUUGAGAGAAUAUAGUUCGAAUAAAAUUGAAACGGGUUGCUACAAUGUACAUCCUUUCACAUGAAGGGAGAACGACUGUAUGGAACAGUUUUGGUAUGACCAUAUGCAACAAAACUUGUUCAUAAUGCCGUUGUUAAUUUGGCACAUCAUUUACCACCAAUACAUUUCAAUCCCCUACCAGCUCACCCCCUUUUUGUUCUCACUAUCUUACUUAUCAAAUAUUCGUCUGUCCUAAUGUACCAGUAAAACUGUCAAAGCGCCAUUUUUUUUUGCUGGAACAGUAACAUGUUGAGAUUUUUGUUGUUUACAUGGACCUGCUAAUUAUGUCACUAUGCAGUAGAAAGCCUUUAUACUUGCUUGAAAAUAACUUUAAUACAUUAGAAAGAAUCUCUUGCGAAGUUAACGUUUCACUACAGUUAUAAUUAAGUAAAUGAAGUGAGGCUACUGUACAUAUGUAGGUGUGGAAAACUAAGUGGAAUUCUCCAGUGCUUUUCACCAGUGGGACCGGUUUCCUCAAUUCAAAUAACAUUUUGUAGAAGUCUGUGUCACAUUUUAGGAAUUAUGUACAGUACAAUAAUUGUUUUUCAUGUAACCAAGGAAAACGCUCACUAGACGUUUUUAUGGUGAGAAUGAUCUUUAAGGUUUCCGGAGAUGUUGGCAAAUUAAGAUGUAAUUACAUGUAUAUAUGUAUGUAAAAAGCAAAAAUAUAUGAAUGAAACACAACUUGUAGCCUUAUGAAAAUAUAACAAAAUGUUGAUGUGUUUCAUGUUUGUACAUAUUAUAUUAUAUUAGCUACUCUGAAAACGUACAAAUUUUAACGCAAUCUUAAUAUUCGGUGUGAGACUAUUAUUGGUGUACCAGUACUUUAUUUUGUGGUGUACUGAUAUGUAAAUCAACAUUUUACUAGACUUUAAAAAUGUGAAAUUAACACAAGAAAAACGUUUAGAAAUGUGAAAAUAACAAAGAAUAUUUAAGAAAAAAAUGCAAUUUCAAAUUCUAUCCUAGACGGAGAAUUCUAACUUUCAGUAAUCGUUAUUUUGUCGUUUUUGACAUUUGAAGGGAGGUAACUCUAUCGGACUUGGAUAGGAGUGGUUAAUGUAAAUAAAACCUGUAAACACACAAAGUCAAUCUCAAUCACAAGACCACGAAUCCGGUUCUCAUAAUACAAAAGUGGACCAAAAUAAUAUUAGUCUCAUUAUCAAGCAAAUUUCGAAAAAAGCCAUUUAAGAUCAAGAAUUUCAUCACGUCAUAAGCUAAUACAGUGCAAACUAAACUAUAAGUUGUUUCCGGUUUUGUUAACAAAAAACAGUUUUUACGAAAUUCAAAUUAGGAUUUAGAUUCGAACAAACAAUGAGCGUACCAUUUAACCCUUUCAUCACUGUAGACCAUAAUGGACUUUUCCAGAUCAAAGCAUGGUACAGUUUACUAAAGUUACU